CCCGGCUUCACGCCACACCAAUCACUUUCUACCCUGUUGCCUGGCACCAGAGGGGGCUAGAUUGCCACGAUGAACGCGCCGAAUCGUUUCGAGUUAUACGUUUUGGAUGAUGGCGAAAAGCCUGUUGAAGUCUCCGAAGAUACGAAGAUCCCCAACGCGGCUACGUUUAAGAUUGUCAAGCAGGAUCAUACGCUGGCGAACAUGCUUAGGGCCCAGGUCCUCUCCAUGCCACAAGUUUUAUUCGCUGGGUACAAGGUGCCUCACCCACUGCACCCCUAUUUUGUUCUUAAGAUCCAAACGGACGGUUCUAUGACUCCCCAAGCUGUUCUAGAGCAGGCGUGCACGAAACUCAUCGCCACGCUGUCCACCCUAGAAGCGAAAUUCAAACGCGAAUUCUCAUUCAAAGAUGCCGAGGGAGCUGUUCCCGAGGACCCAUAUGGUGGAACGGGUCAGGCUUGGGGAACGGGCAAGGACUACUUGGAUUUCUAGAUUAUGAUCUCGUCGUCAUCACGACGAGAUAAGGUUCUCCCUGGAUACUAUCUCCAGGCGAAGGGAUAACUAUCGGUUGCCGUCAAGAAACUGUUCUCAGCGACUGUGUUUUGAUGAUGCCAUGUUAGGCUACAAGAGGCAGUUACCGGCUCCCUUAUGCCAUCACAUAAGCGCAGGGAUGCUGCGGAUGUCUUGCAACGAUCCAGAUGUAGCGAAGCCUACUUGAUGUCGGAUGGUAGAUUGCUGUCGCAAAAUACCAACCUGAACUUCUCCGUCAGAGAGUUGUAUAGAAAACGAG